CAUUUUCAAAUUUUCGGUGGCGGUGGCAGAAGGGCGGGGAGUGACGGUGGCGGGCGGGUGCCUGUGAGUGGAUGGGGCAGGGGGCCAGGGGAUCGUUGCGGGUUAGAACAGCCUCAGUGAUUGCUAUUUUCAUGCUCGUUUUUUGCAGGAUGGCAUUUCUCUCGCUCUCUUUAAGUAAGUUUGUUUGGGUGUGAGUUCUUGUCUUUUCAGCACAAAACCACAGAAAUACGUGGUGGAAAGUAAAAGAAAGCCCACUCCCUCCUCCCCGUGCGUACUAGCUAAGGACUUGAUUUAACGCCCCCUCUCCGGCUGCUGGGGGCUCUAAGCAGUGGCUACAUUCCAGCAGUUUUAAUCCGUUUUUUAUUGUAGGGCGAGCGAGUUUACACAGGGGCUGGGAUGGCUCCCCAGCUGGCCGCUCUCCCCACUCCAGCGUCCCCUCCCUGCCACCCCCCCAGCAGGAACCUGUUACUUUAAGCGAGGCUUUCCAGUGUGGCGCUGCGGGCCGCCGGGGUUUCGGGAGGUGGCAGGUGAUUGGCUCUUUCGAGCUCCCCCUGGCUCGCUCGCUCUGCCUCCCCGCGCGCUCCGCCCCGCCCGCAAGCCCUCCCUCCGCCCUGUGAGGCUCGGAGCCCGGGUGUCAGGCGCCACGGCGCAUGCUCCGGAAUCAUCUUCUUUACCCUGGAGCUGCUGCUGCUGCUGCUGCUUUUGCUUUUGGGGCUGAGUUUAAUAAGCGAGCGAGCAAGCGAGCAAGCGAGCGCGGGGGGAAAAAGGCAGAGAAUGUCCGCCAUCUACCCUCCGCUCCUGGGCGCGCUCUCAUUCAUAGCAGCCUCUUCAUGAAUUACAGCUGAGGGGGGGCGGAGGAGGGGGGGGGUACCACACAACACCCCAGCAAACCUCCGGGCCCCCAGGCAUGGCUAGCUCGUGUGCCGUGCAGGUGAAGCUGGAGCUGGGGCACCGCGCCCAGGUGAGGAAAAAACCCACCGUGGAGGGCUUCACCCACGACUGGAUGGUGUUCGUACGCGGUCCGGAGCACAGUAACAUACAGCACUUUGUGGAGAAAGUCGUCUUCCACUUGCACGAAAGCUUUCCUAGGCCAAAAAGAGUGUGCAAAGAUCCACCUUACAAAGUAGAAGAAUCUGGGUAUGCUGGUUUCAUUUUGCCAAUUGAGGUUUAUUUUAAAAACAAGGAAGAACCUAGGAAAGUCCGCUUUGAUUAUGACUUAUUCCUGCAUCUCGAAGGCCAUCCACCAGUGAAUCACCUCCGCUGUGAAAAGCUAACUUUCAACAACCCCACAGAGGACUUUAGGAGAAAGUUGCUGAAGGCAGGAGGGGACCCUAAUAGGAGUAUUCAUACCAGCAGCAGCAGCAGCAGCAGCAGCAGUAGCAGCAGCAGCAGCAGCAGCAGCAGCAGCAGUAGCAGCAGCAGCAGCAGCAGCAGCAGCAGCAGUAGUAGCAGCAGUAGCAGCAGCAGCAGCAGCAGUAGUACCAGUUUUUCAAAGCCUCACAAAUUAAUGAAGGAGCACAAGGAAAAACCUUCUAAAGACUCCAGAGAACAUAAAAGUGCCUUCAAAGAACCUUCCAGGGAUCACAACAAAUCUUCCAAAGAAUCCUCUAAGAAACCCAAAGAAAAUAAACCACUGAAAGAAGAGAAAAUAGUUCCUAAGAUGGCCUUCAAGGAACCUAAACCCAUGUCAAAAGAGCCAAAACCAGACAGUAACUUACUCACCAUCACCAGUGGACAAGAUAAGAAGGCUCCUAGUAAAAGGCCGCCCAUUUCAGAUUCUGAAGAACUCUCAGCCAAAAAAAGGAAAAAGAGUAGCUCAGAGGCUUUAUUUAAAAGUUUUUCUAGCGCACCACCACUGAUACUCACUUGUUCUGCUGACAAAAAACAGAUAAAAGAUAAAUCUCAUGUCAAGAUGGGAAAGGUCAAAAUUGAAAGUGAGACAUCAGAGAAGAAGAAAUCAACGUUACCGCCAUUUGAUGAUAUUGUGGAUCCCAAUGAUUCAGAUGUGGAGGAGAAUAUAUCCUCUAAAUCUGAUUCUGAACAACCCAGUCCUGCCAGCUCCAGCUCCAGCUCCAGCUCCAGCUUCACACCAUCCCAGACCAGGCAACAAGGUCCUUUGAGGUCUAUAAUGAAAGAUCUACAUUCUGAUGACAAUGAGGAGGAAUCAGAUGAAGUGGAGGAUAACGACAAUGACUCUGAAAUGGAGAGGCCUGUAAAUAGAGGAGGCAGCCGAAGUCGCAGAGUUAGCUUAAGUGAUGGCAGCGAUAGUGAAAGCAGUUCUGCUUCUUCACCCCUACAUCACGAACCUCCACCACCCUUAUUAAAAACCAACAACAACCAGAUUCUUGAAGUGAAAAGUCCAAUAAAGCAAAGCAAAUCAGAUAAGCAAAUAAAGAAUGGUGAAUGUGACAAGGCAUACCUAGAUGAACUGGUAGAGCUUCACAGAAGGUUAAUGACACUGAGAGAAAGACACAUUCUGCAGCAGAUCGUGAACCUUAUAGAAGAAACUGGACACUUUCAUAUCACAAACACAACAUUUGAUUUUGAUCUUUGCUCGCUGGACAAAACCACAGUCCGUAAACUACAGAGUUACCUGGAAACAUCUGGAACAUCCUGAGGAUAUAACAACUGGAUGCAUCAAGAACUAUUGUGUUUUUUUUUUUGGUUUUUUUUUUUUUUGGUUGUGAUUUUUUGUUCUUGUUGUUUAUAUGAAAACACUCAAAAUGAUGCAACCAAAAGGGAAAAAAUAAAAAUCAAACAACCUUCAGCUUUAUUUUUCUUUAAAGCCAGUCAUCAUCUCUUGAUAAAGGAGAGGUUAAAGCAAACCAGCCUCAGCGGACCACUCUUCUCUCCAAGGAAAUCCCCGGGAAGAGUUAGCCUGGAUAGCCUUGAAAACAAACAAAUCAAACACAACACAAGAAAACUCAAAGAAUGUGUAUGGUAUCAUGUAUCUCUCUGUGGUGGUUCAUUCCACAGGACGAAUGCAUAUUCAACACACUGCCUUAUUACAUAACUGAUCUAUUUAUUAUCGCAUACAGAUAUUCUAAGUCGUUGAGGGAAUGACACCAUCAGACAUUAUAAGUACUUGGUCCCGUGGAUGCUCUUUCAAUGCAGCACCCUUGCCAUCCCAAGCCCAGUGACCUUACUCGUAUACCGUGCCACUCUCCACCAACUUUUUCCAAGUCCUUUAACUCGUUGCAGUCUGUAUUUUCCACCUUUUGUUUUUCCAGUUCCAGGACACAGAUUAUCAACUGGGGGGACCAAAUAGCCACCUUGAUUUUCUUCUUUGUGGUCUUUUUCCUGAAAGUUGGGGCCCAGUCCUUGGCUGUAUCCAUGUAAUGAUCUUGGACCAUGGUAGAAAAUGCACCAAAUAGGAUCAUAUGAAUUGCUGUCUAGCCUUAGUCAAUAAACUUGUAGGACUUUUAAACAAAA